GUACUACGACGCAGUUUACGAAUAUUCCGAAUCGAGAAUAUUACGAACAGAAACCUCAACGGAGUAAAGUGAAUAAUACCGUAUACCAUAGAGAAGACAGUAAACGAAGUAAAUAUAUGCAGAGAAGUCGCGGACGACUUGCGUAUAUAUUUCGAUUUCGCAUAUUACCUCAUCUCCUGUUAUAUAGGACACUCGACGAGCUCCGGGUUUUCCCUAUCGAUGACGACGGUGAAUGUCUGCCAGAAGAUGAACAAGAUCUCUUCAACAGAAAAUUGAAUCGCCCAGCAUGUCGAGUAUUUUCCGCAAGAAGUAAACUCCCCUUUGUGUCUUAUAGCAAGAAAUUCUGUGUGAGAAAAUCGAGUAUCACGUCGGCAAGAAAUUCGCAAGUGCAAGCACAAAAAAUUGUUGUUAGGCAUAAAUGUAUAAUGUUGUUUCAACGAAUGUUAACUUAUUUUUUUAUCGCGCUAGCUCUAUGAGUGACGUGUAAAUUAUUUUGUUUAAAUAUUAACACGGUCUGAGGAGUUUAGAGAUGAGAAAAGACGAAUGUUUUUUCACGUUUUGUAAAAUUCGGAUGUCCAUUGUGUCUGCACUCUCGCAGCGUUUGGAAUUUUCUCACUUUCUCAUGAUCCUCUUUAGGUAAAAGAAAAGAAAAAGAGUAAAUUCAAAACGCCACGAUUAACAGUAAUUAAUGUUUAAUUUCGAAGUCUGUCACUUUACAUAGUAAUAAACAAACGUCAUAGAUCAUAUAUCAUAUCAAAUUGUAUAUCGCAUAUCCGCAUAUACAUAUAUAUAUAAUACACAAGUGUUUUCCUCGUAGAAUAAUUUACAAAAUCAGACUGUCUAGAAAUACAGUUGCGUCCUGUUCCUGCUCGGUUCUGUUUUCCGUUAUUUUUUUCUUUCUUUUUUUAUAUAAUCACAGCUUAUCCUGAUAC